AUGUCAAUCAACGUCAACCUAUCUUCUGCGACUACCGUCGAAUACGAGCAAGAGUAUUCCGCUCACAACUACCACCCUCUUCCUGUGGUAUUCCACCGUGCUCUUGGAGCUCAUGUUUGGGAUCCAGAGGGAAAAGAAUACCUAGACUUUUUGUCUGCGUACUCCGCCGUUAACCAAGGCCAUUGCCACCCUGAAAUCAUCGCUGCUCUCGUUGAUCAAGCCCAAAAGCUCACAUUGUCUUCGCGUGCGUUCUCCAACGACGUUUUCGCUGCUUUUGCCAAGUACGUGACCGAGUUCUUCAACUACGAGAUGGUUCUACCCAUGAACACUGGUGCUGAGGCCGUCGAAACUGCGUUGAAGCUUGCACGUAGAUGGGGUUACAUGAAAAAGGGUAUUCCCGACAACGAGGCCAUUAUCAUCGGUGCACAGGGCAACUUCCACGGCCGUACUUUCGGUGCCAUCUCUCUUUCCACCGACGAGGAGGACUCCCGUAAAUUCUUCGGUCCCUUCCUUGACAACACCAGUGCUAAGAUUCCAGGCACACCAGAUCAAUAUUUGCGUUACGGUGUGAUCGAGGAUGUCGAACUGGCUUUCAAGAACGCUGGUGACCGUAUCGCCGCCAUCCUCUUGGAACCUAUCCAGGGUGAAGCUGGUAUCGUUGUUCCUCCUGCAGACUAUCUCACUCAGGUCCAAGCUCUCUGUCGCAAGUACAAUGUUUUGCUCAUUUGCGAUGAGAUUCAAACUGGUAUUGCCAGAACUGGUAAGAUGCUCUGUUACGAACACUCCCCAAAUGUAAAGCCGGACAUGGUCUUGCUUGGUAAAGCCAUUUCUGGUGGUGUGUUGCCCGUGUCGUGUGUUCUUUCCUCCAAGGACAUCAUGUUGUGUUUCGAGCCGGGUUCCCACGGUUCCACCUACGGUGGUAACCCACUGUCCUCCCGUGUUGCCAUCGCUGCUCUUGAAGUGGUUAGAAAGGAGAACUUGGUCGAAAGAGCCCAACAGUUGGGUGACUUUUUGCAAAGCGAAUUGGAAAAGCUAAAGGCUGAGUCCAAUGGUGUAAUUUCUGAAGUUCGCGGUAAAGGUCUAUUAACCGCCAUUGUCAUCGACCCAUCCAAAGCCAACGGCAGAUCAGCCUGGGACUUAUGUCUGCUGAUGAAGGACCAGGGUGUGCUAGCUAAGCCCACUCACGAACACAUUAUCAGAUUGGCACCACCUCUUGUGAUCUCUAAGGAAGACUUGUCCAAGGGUGUCGAUGCCAUCAGAAAGAGUUUGGAGCUUUUGCCUCAAGCCGAGAUCGCUUCCCACUAG